UGAUUCAUCUUCCGAGAAAGAGAACUUUGGCGGCUUUUGAAGGUGAAAGCCCACAAAGAUUCCAUUCCACCCCUUCAAUGUUAAUCAUCCCUUUCAAAAAUCAAUAUCUUUAAAUGCGAAACCAAAACUGAGAAUGCUACAUUCGGAUGAGAGAAUUACAAGUGAGUGGUCCCACGUUCAUAUAUAAUUGAAGUGUUCACAACGUGGUUGAGAACCUGAGAUAGUUGCCGGAAAAAAAAUUAAUAAAAAAGCCUCAAUUUUUGGCAUUCCCGUUGACCCUUUUGCGAUUUGUAGUAGCUGGCGCUUUAAAGGAGCCACCUUGUCAAUUAAUUUGUUGAAUUGGGCAAACCUGGUUCUUGCCCAUGUUGAAUCUCCGCUUGAGGUUGUGUUUGGAGAUUCAGAUCCGAGAAAGGUUAUGAUGUCAAGGCAGCUUGGUGAAUCAGAAGACUGAGAGUUUGUUUUGUAGUGUUUUGUGGUUUAGUAUGGCAAGGGACUUGUUAGAUUUGUUCUCCAUGAACAAGUGGAGGUGCUCUUGGUCUCUUGCAGCGACAAUUGCUUCUGUUCUGGCAUUGGUUUCUGUAGUACAUUUAUUCUUGUUCCCUUUGACACCUUCUUUCAAUUAUUUUAAGAUAGCUCAGGACUCGUGCAUCCAGACUAAUGCAUCAGCAGAAUUCCCAAGCAACCGGGACCAGGAAUGGCCUGCAGUUGAUAUUAAAGGUCAGUUUCCGGCUGACUUGCAUGGAGCAGUUGUUUAUCAGGGUGCGCCAUGGAAGGCUGAAAUUGGCCAGUGGCUUGCUGGUUGUGAUUCUGUUGUUAAGGAAGUCAAUAUUACUGAGAUAAUAGGUGAAAAUAACUGCAAAAAUGAAUGCAGUGGCCUGGGGGUUUGUAAUCGAGAAUUGGGACAGUGUCGAUGUUUUCAUGGUUAUUCUGGGGAUGGAUGCACUGAAAAAUUGCAAUUGGAAUGCAAUUACCAAGGAUCACCAGAUCAACCAUUUGGGCGAUGGGUCGUCUCAAUUUGCCCAGCCAACUGUGACACGACAAGAGCAAUGUGCUUCUGUGGAGAAGGCACAAAAUAUCCAAAUCGACCAUUGGCAGAGACAUGUGGGUUUCAAUUUAAUGUGCCUUCUGAACCUGACGGUCCCAAAAUAGUGAAUUGGACAAAAAUUGACCAAGAUGUGUUUACAACUAAUGGUAGCAUAGCUGGUUGGUGUAAUGUGGACCCAGCUGAAGCAUAUGCUGGCAAGGUGAAAAUUAAAGAAGAAUGUGACUGCAAAUAUGAUGGUCUUGCUGGACGACUUUGUGAAGUUCCUGUGGAGUCUGUUUGUAUUAAUCAAUGCUCGAGACAUGGACACUGUCGUGGUGGAUUUUGUCAGUGUGACAAUGGCUGGUAUGGAGUAGAUUGCAGCACACCAUCUGUGAUUUCUUCUAUAAGAGAGUGGCCUAGUUGGCUUCGUCCUGCACAGAUUGAUAUUCCUGAUGAUAAUUAUGCCAAUGGAAAACUGAUUAAUCUUAAUGCUGUGGUUGCAAAGAAAAGGCCUCUUAUAUAUGUUUAUGAUUUGCCCCCAGAGUUCAACAGCUUGCUACUUGAGGGACGCCAUUUUAAGUUAGAGUGUGUAAAUAGAAUUUAUGAUGGCAAUAAUGUAACUGUAUGGACAGAACAAUUGUAUGGUGCCCAGAUUGCACUUUACGAGAGUUUGUUAGCUAGUCCUCAUCGAACACUAAAUGGUGAAGAGGCAGAUUUUUUCUUUGUUCCUGUUCUUGAUUCAUGUAUCAUAACUCGUGCUGAUGAUGCUCCUCACUUGAGUAUGCAGGAGCAUAUGGGAUUGAGAAGCUCUCUCACUUUGGAAUAUUAUAGAAACGCAUAUAAUCACAUUGUUGAGCAAUAUCCUUAUUGGAAUCGCUCUUCAGGAAGGGACCACAUCUGGUUUUUUUCAUGGGAUGAAGGUGCUUGCUAUGCUCCCAAGGAGAUAUGGAACAGCAUGAUGUUAGUUCACUGGGGAAACACAAACACAAAGCAUAACCAUUCAACCACAGCCUAUUGGGCUGACAACUGGGAUAAAAUCCCUUCUGACAAAAGAGGCAUUCAUCCAUGUUUUGACCCCGACAAAGAUCUUGUGCUUCCUGCUUGGAAAGUUCCCGAUGCUAAUGUGUUGACUUUAAAACUUUGGGCUAGGUCUCAUGAGCAGCGGAAGACACUGUUCUACUUCAAUGGGAAUUUAGGACCAGCGUAUCCCCAUGGAAGACCAGAAGAUUCGUAUAGCAUGGGUAUCAGACAGAAGCUGGCAGAAGAGUUUGGAUCAAGCCCUAACAAGGAUGGAAAACUUGGGAAACAGCAUGCCAAAGACGUCAUUGUGACCCCGGAGCGUUCUGAAAACUAUCACAUGGAUCUAGCAAGCUCUGUUUUCUGCGGAGUGUUUCCUGGAGAUGGUUGGAGUGGUCGCAUGGAAGACAGUAUUUUGCAAGGAUGCAUUCCUGUGAUCAUUCAGGAUGGGAUUUUCCUACCAUACGAGAAUAUGCUCAACUAUGACAGCUUUGCUGUUCGAUUACAAGAGGAGGAAAUUCCAAACUUGAUAAAGAUUCUUCGGGGAUUCAAUGAGACACAAAUCAAAUUGAAGCUGGCAAAUGUUCAGAAAAUAUGGCAAAGAUUCAUGUAUCGUGAUUCUGUUAUGCUUGAAGCUGAAAGGCAAAAGGCUGCUAUUGGACAUGUUGAUGAUUGGGCAGUUGAAUUCUUAAAACUGACACAGGAUGAUGCCUCUGCCACUUUAAUACAGGUUUUGCAUUACAAGUUACAUAAUGAUCCUUGGAGGAAACAAGUUCGCCACAACAAGAAGUUUGGAUUACCUAACCAGUGCUUGGUAAGCACCAUCUAAAGAGCUUGGUUAGUGUGUAGACUACAAGACCAAGAUAUUUCCAGAGGAGUAGGGGAAAGGAUAACCUUUCUGCUUCAUUUUCGGGGUCAAGAUUAAAAGAAUUUCUUGUCAUUUGUAAAAGAAAGUGAAGAUUAAGUUUGUCAUAUGUGGUUACCAUCUCCAGUGCAGUAAAUCAUUCAAUCAGGGUGGACAUAAAUUAUUCUUUUUCCCUUCUCGCAUAAAUGUGCAUGUAAAAUGCAUCAGUUUUUUGUAUUUUUUUCAGAGCUUUAUUCUCUCAGGCUGCCAGGAUGUGGAAUUGUAAAAUUAUGUCAUUUACAAGAGAUUAUUAUGGUGAAAAAACAAGAGAAAAAAAUGAUUACAUAUAUAUUUUUCUUGUUU